GGAGAACAAGCUGAAUCGUCUUUCAGCUUACCGGCAAUUGCAAGCAAUGUCACACCAGAUCAACCUGUGCACACGGGGGCGCUUUGCAGACCUGGAUGCCUUCAGUGUCCCGGACCGAAUCAAUGUGAGCCCUGUCAAAUCUGGGGAAGAGCGUUUUGUCAGGCGUGUGGGUAUCAACAAACAGCAAGCUGGCUUUUUGCAGGCAGACGGAACUGAGACGCUCUUGUUGCCAUCAGAGCCAAACUGGUGGGUGAGUGUGCCUUUGCUCGUUACACAAUUGGACCAGGGCAGCAUCGGUUCAGCGGGCUGCGCGUUUGCAACUCAUUCGCUUGAGAAGCUUGUGCAAAAUCGCUGGGACAUUUUUCAUCGCUCAGUGAGAGAUGUGCGCUUGGCCUUGCAGCACACAGCAAACGCGGUCUUGCUGCAGGCGCAGAUGCAUUCGACAUACUUGUGGGGGCUGGCGUACCGUCCUUUUGGGACGGGUGCGUUCAUGGAGCAAAAACGACGAAUGCUGCAAGUCAUGAUGAUGCGUGAGACGCCUGACACGUGCAUUCCCUUCAGGGGUCUUUGGGAGCAAAUCAAGGAUGACCUGGACAUGGGCGACUCCGCCACUGCUCAGGACGUUUGGCAAGCGCUUCCCGACUUGGACGGGUUUCAUUGCAAGCAGACACUGCCUAAGGUCAGCCGUUGGUUCUCAUGGAACCAGUCGGCUGAGGAGCAACUUCCCUUCUUCCACGCUCUGAAGUUGGUUUUGGCGUACGAGUUUGCCAGCAGCGAGGCCCUAGACAGCGAGGAGUCGCAGGUGGCCGGAAAUCUUGACAGAUUGUGCUCUGAGGCCGCCUCUAGCAGUGCCGAAAAGAUCAACAUGCGGGAUGAGUUUUCGAAAAUCAAGAAGCAGCUUGGUGGAGGGUUUCGCCUAGCCCACGCGCUGUCGUCAGAACGCCUUUUCCGUCGCUGCCAGAUCAUUGCCCUCUGCACCAGACCCACAUGGACAUGGUAUGCAAACAUGGUGAAACACGUCACCAGCCCUUUGCAUGGCGUUCGGCGCGCCAUCGAGAUGGCGGACAUCGGCUGGCGUUCGGAUGCCCAUCUGCGGGAAACGACCGCAGUGCUUUGCACUGCCAGCGACCCGCUGCUUCAGAAGGUUCUCUCGAGCGAUCUAACUGAGGCGCCGUCAUUGGUGAUGGAGUUCACACUUCAGGUGCUGAAGCACCGUGCGUGGUCGCUUUCAAGGCACGAUGCGCCCCCAGACAGCUACGCUGCCAUCCUUGGCGAUUGUGCGCGCUCGAAAGCCGACACUUGUCGUCGCCUGGCUGCGGAUCACAAGGCUUUGCUGGCACUGGAGCGAGCAGCGGCAACAUCUCCUGGGGCCCGCAAGGUUAAGGUGCCGCUCUUGAAAGACUUGUCUGCUGUUAUCACGCCGGCCGUGCGCCUGAUGUUUCUGAGCUUCGAGGCCGACUGCUACUCUCCCAUGUCGCCUGCUGGGACCCACCUUUUGAAAGGGAUGCUGCACUGCAUUCCAGACAGCAAAGUGGUUGAGGACUUGCACGGCGUCAUCCGGAUGCAAUCCAAGAAAGGGAAGAACAAGCUCGGCAAUCUGCCUUCACGGUGUGUCCGUAUCAGCGAUGCGGACUUCAGCAAGUUGGCAGUGCCACUGGAAGUCAUGCGCCUGGAGGACAACGGCACUGGGCACAAUGAUGCCGGGUACACAGGGGUGUGCCUGGGCCACGCAGAACGGCUGGUCAAGUUCUUCUUCAGGGAUGCGGGGAGACACAACCGGCUCACUAUGUCGGACAUCAUUGCGCUGGCGCAGCACCUGCACUCGACGUUUGCGGUCAGUGACGUUGAAGCCUCCCAGCUGCCAAAGUCUUUGCGCCAGGACUUGGUCAAUAUGAUUGUGAAAUGGGUGUCGGAGGAGGACGUUGAAUACCAGGACGCUGUCAUGGCGAGCAUAGCUGAUGCUGCAAAGCCGAAGAUGGCAGCUUCCGUCAUUGGGACAGAGCUGGACGAGUUGAUCCUGGGUGACAUGCCUUUGGAGGAGCAGCGGGACUUCCGGCCAGUCACGGAGGCUGUUGCAAAGCGCAAGGGCCAAAGUCACAGGGAGGGCUGGACGGCAGAGUCCAGAAAGCAUGCAGGAAAAGCCAGGGGCAAGUUCAAGAAGGCAGCCGCCAAUCUUGCGAAAGCCAAGGCCAAGGCCAAAGCGAAGGCCAAAGCGAAGGCUAAGGCCAAGUCUGCAGUUUUGCCCAACGCUGCCCCAAGGGCCAAGAGACGAGCUCGUGACGUUGUCAAUGUGGAGGCUGGCGACGAAGACAUGCCGCAGGAAGCGGCGCCACCUGCGCCACCUGCGGCGCCACCUCCGCCGGCGCCACCUGCGGCGCGCCACCUGCGGCGCCACCUGCGGCGCCACCUGCGGCGCCGCCUGCGGCGGCAGUUGUGCUUCUUCCUGAUGACGCCCCUGUGGCCGAUUUGGCGAGGAUUCCUGCGGCUGCUCACCCACGGGCUCGUCUAA